AGCAUUAUUUGUUAUUGAGGAAGCAAACAGUGAGCGGGCUUUUUGAAUGACCAAACCAGGCAUUCAGCUCUUUCUCAGCCACCCUUCAAACUCUCUCACAACAUUCUUUCCCAAGUUUCUUGAAACGAAGAUCUUUCCAGCCAACCUCAAAGGAUACCCCUUCUAUCAACCCUCUUUCAUCUCUUCUAAAAUCAUCAACCAUGGAGGCCAUCGUCGCAACUAUCGAAGCCAUGAGGCGUCAGGAACAAAGAGGCUACAUCUGCCAAGACUACCUGUACCAACAGCAGCAAGAUGAAGCUUCUCAAAUCGGUCCCCUCGCGGGAAAGCCCGUAACAAUUGCAUGCCGCGAAAAGAUGAUCCAGUGGUGCUACAAAGUUGUUGACUUUUGCAACUUCAACCGCGAAACCGUUGCGAUUGCCAUUUCGAUUAUGGAUCGCUUCAUGGCCACUGGACCGGGCCAACAAGUCGCCCGCGACCGAAGUCAAUUCCAACUGGUGGCCAUGACAUCCCUCUACACUGCCGUGAAAAUCCACGAGCCUGAAGUCAUGAGUGCCGAAUUGGUAUCCCAGCUCAGUCGAGGAGCUCACACCGAGGACGAAAUCGAAGACAUGGAACGAACGAUAUUGCAGGCAUUGACUUGGCAGGUCAAUCCUCCCACGGCCCUCUCCUUUGUCCGAGAAUUCCUCAAACUACUUCCACCGGCAGUCAUCGUCGUGAAUGGAGAAGACGUCAAGAUGACCAUUUACGAAAUGUGCAAAUUCCAGUCUGAAUUGGCCGUGGCCGAUGCCAGUUUGAUCAGUAUCCCCGCUUCCACUGUGGCCUUUUGCUCCUUUAUCAAUGCACUGGAAAGUCUCCAGUGCUUGGAUCGCACCGCCAUUGGGUACAUUCAAACCAUCCUCGCACAAGCGGCUCACAUCAACAUGUACUCUGUGGAAAUGCCACAUGUUCAGGCAAGACUCUGCCAUGCCGUCGCACAAAACAUGCAAACACCACCCACCAAGGUAGUUGCCGGGGGAUGUGCCGGUGCCCAACGAGCAUCGCAACCACGACGCUCUUCCUACAAGGCAUCGCCUGUCACUGUGACCACACGAAUGGAAGUAUGAGCGUACUACACGACAAACCAAUCUACACUACAGAUACAUCAUUUGACUAUAUCACACAUUCACGCAACCUUCGCAGCAAUCAAGCUGCACUGAACAAAAUGAAUUUAUUUCGACUCCUCGGGUGCGCGAGACUUGGAUUGUAUCUUUCUCGUAGACCCCGGGAGCCUCCAUUCUUCUCCCUCUUCUACACCUCCUACACUUUUGCAUCUUUCAGUUUCCAGCCACUACUAUUCAUUUAGCAUGUACAGUAUACAGUGCAGCUCUAAAACCUUUAUUUAAUUAUUAAACUUCAUUGCUACAG